AUGAGAUCCAUCACACUACUAAUUGUAGUCAUUGCAUGCGGGAUCUCCGUUCAGAAAGAAUCAAACAAAGCAGAACCUUCUAUAGCAAUCGUCGGCGCCGGCAUGAGCGGUUUGUCGGCAGCUCGACGAUUGAUUGAAACCGGAAGAACUGACAUCGACAUUUACGAAGGAUUGGAUCGCAUUGGCGGCCGGAUACACCCAGUACCCUACCGUGGAGGAUUUCUGCAAAUGGGAGCGGAAUACAUUAACGGAGCAGACAAUCCUAUCUACAAAAUCGCAGAUGAACUGGGAGUCGUGGCCGACAUUGUGUCGGAUACAGCACAAUUACAAAAUGCCGAAUAUCUGAUCGGAAAUCAGCCGAUAAACAGGCAGGACAUUGAGCUGUUCACCAAGUUCAUCGAGCCAUUGGAUCCGAAGUAUCGCCAACUGGCAAAGCAGCACGAUUUACUAUCUCGUGUUUAUACGAUUAAAAGUAUAUUCAUGGAAGACUACAUCUUUUUUCUGAAGGCGAACAACAUUACUGGACUACGGAGGAAUGUUUUCGAUGCUCUCACUCGCUCCUACAGGUCGUAUUGGGAAUUCGAAUGGGCAGCUGACUGGGCUGAUCUCAGUCCCCGGGUGCUGACCGAAUGGAACGACAAAGGAACGGAGGGCGAAUCGUUUCACACAAACAAGAUUGGAUACAGCGCUAUACUGGACUAUAUGAGAGCAUCUAUCCCAGAUCAUUUGUUCCACUUCAACACCACUAUCCUGAACAUCAA